AGAUCACAUGAUCACAACAUCAUAUUAACGUGAAGCAGACAAGAUUUGUGAUAUCAGGAAGUACCCAGUUCAAACGUCUUGCUAUGGCCGAACAUAAUUGGCGACCGUCACGGAAGAAAUAUGGAGUUGCCAUAUUCAACUUUUUGGGAGAUGUUAAGGACGGAUUACGUCUGCAGAUUGGAGAAACUGUCCAUAUAUUGGAGGAGUAUGGAACCGGAGCAAAGGGUUGGUACAGAGGUGUGUCCCUCCACCAGAAAGGCCCCAAGGGAAUAUUUCCAGCAGCCUUAAUUCACAUCAAGGAGUGUGUGGUUGACAAUGAAGGUGCGAAUGAGACGAUUACACCUGUGGAGGAUUCCAUGGUUAAAGAGGUCACCUAUGUCCUACGGGAGUGGUACACUAUGUGGAAAUCUCUCUUUAUCAAAUGGGGCCAGUCUAGUGCAACAGUACAAGAAAUCAGGAAUGCAAUGUUAAACCUGGUGUCACUAAGAGGCAAGCUCAUCAGUGCCGCCCUGUCGCAUGAACAGGCCAAGGAACUGCGCCAGGAGAUCGCCACACUCAUAGACUGGGGGGAUGGGAAACUAGGAAUGGACUUGGUGCCUCGGGUUGAAGGAGAACAAGUUGAUCCAGACCGCUACAGUGUGACAGGGCUUUACAGACUCCACACAAAGAGUUCUGACAACACUACCUCAGAUAUGCCAAAGAAGAGAAUCAGUAGUGAAUCACAGAGUAUGAGAGGAGAUGGCAAGAGUGAGGGGAUGAAUCACCUCCUUGUCAACUUCAAGUCGUCACAAUGUGCUAUUAUGGAGGAGUCUGUCCUAUACAUGUCUGUAUACAAUGCCAGAGAACGCAAAUUUAUCAGUGAGCAGUUUGAAGUAUGUGUAAACAAGAAUGGUCUAGCACAGGACACGGAUAAACUGAAUGGAUACUACGGUCUGUUUUCAGAUUUAUCUUCAGAAGAUCUGAACAAAAGUCUGUUUUUAGUCAUUAAGAUAUACAGAUGUGGUAAGAUGUUAGCUACAACACAACAGAAGGGUGCCGGGCGUACGUACAGACGUCCAUUUGGAGUUGGAGUAUUAAAAGUUGAGGAAGUGAGACACAUGUCGUGUACUGAGAAGGAAUAUGAAAGUAUGAUAAAGGUCACCAGUUGUGUGGACAGUGAGAACUCGUUCCCAGACCAACAUGAGAACCUGAUAAAAAAGGCUCUACAGGAGAAAACUGGCAAUAGACUAGGGGCAAGCUUUAAGGAAGACAAAGUGAAUUUAGGUGUAACAUUUUCAUUCAAAAUGUUUCAAGGUGACAUACAGGCAAUAAAAACUGAGGAGGCCAUCUUGUUUUCAAAAGGAGUGACUGUGAUACCAAAACUCAGCUUUACUGAUCUCAUAAUUAACCCAGGUCAAAUGAGAAAUGACAUCUACCUGACCUUAGUCAGUGGAGAGUACGAACGAGGAAGGAAGAAGUCAGAGAAGAAUGUAGAAAUAGUGGUGACUGCCUUCAACUCGAAUGGAGAAGAAAUCAAAAACUGUAUGAGCUUUGGAUGCGGGGAGAAACCACAAACCAAUUUUUACUCGACAACCUAUUACCAUGACAACAGUCCGCAAUGGAAUGAAACAGUGCGGUUAUCAGUGCCAAUGGAAAUGCUGCCAAAGUCUCAAAUUAGAUUUGAUGUUUAUCACUGUUCAACUAGAGGAAGAGAAAACAAAAAGUUAGUGGGAUUUGCCUUCCUGUGUGUAACUAAUAAUGAGGACGUUGUGAUACAAGAUGGGUCCCAUGAUCUCUGUAUAUACCAGUGUGAAGACAUUAGUAAGGUGGUAUUUAAGAAAUACAGAGGACUGCCGUACCUAUAUGAUGAUUUGGGAGAUCCAAGAUUGUCCAUGUUCCCUAGUAACCUGGCCUACAAGAAAAGUGCAAGGGAGAAACUAACUGUGAAAACUCAGCUGUGCUCUACCAAAUAUACUCAAACAAGUGACCUAUUGGGCCUACUACAGUGGAAGCUUCCAGAAAACCAGCGACGCCUCCCUACAAUACUAGAUCAGUUCAGUCAUAUAGAGGGCGUAGAAAUCAUGAAGUUCCUUCCAGAUGUCCUUGACUCACUGUUUGCUAUCAUGACCGAUGGCUGUGCUAAUGAGGACACCAACACUUCCAAGGUGUUCCAAGUGCUGGUCUAUGUACUACACCUCCUUAAGGACAGCCGGUUUGUCACAUUCCUACCUGUACUAGAGAACUACCUCACUGACCAGUUCUCCUCGCCAGUAGUUCACAGAGACAUGCUAAAGUGCUUUGCUGAAGGGAUACAUUCCUACUGUGACGGUGGGAACUUCUCUGUGUCCCUGUGUUUGAAGGUGUUAGAACAGAUACUGCGGUUCGUGGUACGAUCAAGGGAACUACAGCUCAGCCUCGGCAGUGGGAACGAGAUGGAUUUCAAGAAGAAUCUACAGGACCUGUUUACUAAGAUGGGAGAGCUGGUAUCUCGUAACAAUGACAGGACAAAGAUAUCCCAGAUGGCUCUGUUGAGUAACUUACACUGUGUAUACCGACCCUUACGGACUGUACUGACCCUACGGGAGAUGGCCGAGCUCAUCGUCAUGGUUAUCACAAGAAUGCCCAAGUCUAAGGAGCUGCCAGAGGAUGUACAGCGGAACAAACUAGAAUUUAUACAGGAAACUGUUAACUCCGAACUUUUCCAGGCAGAUGAAUCUCGCAGCAUCAUCCUACCUCUGUGUCUGAGUCAGAUCAAGUACUGUAUGAUAGAAAAGUUCAUGCUGCCACAAGUCACCAGUAUCCUUGGUGACAUCCUCAACAAUGUGUUCCAGAUGAAACAGCGGCAAAAAGGAUCAAGAUCUCGACCACGGAAGCGGUGUAUGCAGCAGGACAUGAAGACGAUGGUGCUGAGUGUGUUUGAGGUGAUACUACAGACAGUUCUAGCCCUUACAGAGAAAUCAGUCCUAUCUUUACACCAUCAGUCCAUUCCGGAGAAGUCAGAGACCGAGCCAAAAUCUCCCUCACCUCGGAAAAGGAUGUUCCCUGUUAGAACUUCUUCAAACUUAGUUGAUAGACAAAGACCAGAAAAAUAUAAUGAUUAUCGACCGAAAUCAGAAUUUGAGCCAAUCAAGUGGAAAAAGCUCGAGAUCAACCACAUGGUACCAAUGUGUCAGGAUAUGUCCUCUGCUAUUGCUCCGUCCAACAGUCUCGCUGCCACACUCACAGCAGAAAAACUGGCAAAAGUUUCUGGGGAGCUGAUAUCCUGUCUGGUGGACAUGCUGCGUCUGAUGGACGAGGACCAUUAUGAGGCGGUGAUGAAGAUGUUCCCAGAACAGCCACCACUUAAGGAUUUUCUCGUGCGAGUUUUUCUGACAUUCCAAGAGCUGAUCAAGCCUGAAGUGUUCCCUUCACAAUGGACAGUAAUGAGGCUGGUCACUAACAAUGUAAUAUUUACAGCUGUAGAAUACUUCUCACAGGCUCUCACCAAACACUUCCUACAUUCCGAAGACUUUGACUUAUCUCUGUGGCAGCACUACUUCAACCUAUCUGUGGCCUUCAUCACCCAGCCCAGUCUUCAGCUGGAGAAAUACUCUGAAGCCAAGAGGAAGAAGACCAAGGAAAGAUACCAAGACAUGCGAGUACCUAUGGGCUAUCAGAUGCAGACGCUGUGGGAAAAACUGGGAAACAAUCAACGUUACUUCAUACCGUCUCUGAUUGGUCCAUUCCUGGAGGUGACCUUGGUACCUGAACAUGAGUUGAGGUCAGCCACUCUGCCCAUUUUCUACGACAUGAUGAAAUGUGAACAGAGGGUGACUGGCAAUUUUCUCCUGGUGGAAAAUGAGGUGAUAGAAAAAUUGGAUGUUUUCAUCACAACCUGCAGUAAGGGAGACAACCAAUAUAGAGAACUCUUCGGGACAAUACUUUUGGACAAAGUGCAAGCGGACCCAACACUCCAGGAAAAUGGCAGUCAGUUUAUCCUGUCCGUCACCAGUCUACUGGAACGACUUCUCGACUACAGGAAUGUGUAUGAUGGAGAGGAACAUGGUGACAGACGGAUGCAGAGUACCUUCAACAUCCUUAACUUCUACAAAGACAACAGCAAUAGACAAGAGAUGUACAUGCGCUACAUCAAGAAACUGUACGACCUUCACCUCUCUGCCAAGAACUACGUCGAGGCCGGUCUCACUUUACAGUUGUACGCCAAACUGCUCAACUGGACAGACGAGGUCAAACAGGGCGAGAUGGGGUACCAUGAACAGCCCGAGUGGGAGAGGAAAGAGGGCAUGUACCAAAAGGUCAUAGAGUGCUUCGACAAGGGCAAGGUUUGGGAGUUUGGCAUUCCGCUGUGUAAAGAACUUGCAAAGUUCUACGAAGAAAGACUUGAGUACCGCAAACUUAGUCAGGUUCUGCAAAAACAGGCUGCAUUCUUCAGUAAAAUACUUGACGGCGUUGAAGUGGUGGAGGAUGGUCAGAAGAAGUACUACCCCCGACAGAAACCCAGCUUCUUUAGAGUGGCAUACUAUGGCCGAAACUUUCCUCCCUUUGUCAGGAACAAGGCAUUUGUAUAUCGCGGCAAUGAGUGUCUGAAGUUACAAGACAUAAUAAAUCAACUGACAGAAGAGUUCCCCACAGCGACCAUUAUGAACAAGAACACCGAUCCGACAGAGGAGAUGAAGGAGGGCGAGACUAUGAUCAUACAGAUCUGUGGGGUGAAACCUGUAGCUGAGGAGAGGCCAGAAUUCAGGAAUUGUCCCAAUGCUGCCACAGAGAUUAAACAAUUCUACAAUGUAAAUGAUGUUGAUACAUUCCAGUUUGACAAGUCUUUCUACCGUGGUGAGAAGGACAAGAAUAACGAGUUUAAGUCCCUGUGUACGGAGCGGGUCCUCAUGAAAACGAGCUACAAGCUCCCAGGUAUACUACAGUGGUACGAAGUUGUAAGUGCAGAGACAGUGACCUUGAACCCUUUGAGGACUGCCAUUGAAGCAGUGAAAUCAGCGUGUCAUCAACUCAAGAACACUAUUGGAGAUUGUAAUCGCAAUCCCAAUGAAGAUAACAUCAAACACUUGUCCAUGUUGCUGAAUGGAAUGAUUAGCGCCAAUGUGAUGGGAGGCAUCCCCAAAUACCAGGAGGCUUUCUUCUCCAAUGAAUUUGCAAUUGAACACCCAGAAGAAUCAUACCUUUGUCCAGAGCUUAAACGCUGCAUACAAGAUCAGAUACGCCUGCUGGAUCAGGGUCUGAAGCAGAUGAAAAUGGCAGGCAAUAAAGAUGUGACAGGCAUGGUAAACUACCUGGAGGAUACACUAAAAAAUAUCAAGCAGAGUGUGGCAGAGAAGGGCUCAAUGACAUCUCUGAAUCGUAGAUCAGACUCUGGAAAUGAUAGUCUCUGUGGUAACGGUGUGAUGUAUCUUACCCGCCCCGAUACCCCCAGUCAUUGCUCGGUGAAUUCGAGCGGCAGCAGUAACAGGUCAUCAGAGUGCUCAGUGUCCAUAGGAACGCUGUCUCAAGAGGACAUUUACACAGACCCAGAGGAGAACCCACAUCAGCAUCCUCCACAUCACUUUAACCUUUCACCCCUAAUUCCUCCACCUCCUCCGGAGAAGAGACGUCACAGUCAGCACUUCCCUGUAGGGAGUCCAGGGCAGCAUGUCUCCUUUGGGAGCCCCAGAUCUGCUGUGCCCCCUCCAAUACCAUCACGGCCACACUCAUUGUGUCUGAAUGGGCUAGCAGCCCAACAGUUAGUGACACAGAUGCAUACUCCCCGUCAUGGGAGUGACCCCAAUAUUAAACAGACAACCAACAGACCAACGAGUUCCUACUCCAUCAGACAGGAAGGUGAGUAUCCAGAUGGGCCACCAACUCCCUGUGAGAGGGAAUCAAAGAAGCGAGAUGUGUAUGUGACUCCAUUAAGUCCCCCAGUCCCCACCCAGAGACGACAUCACUCCUACGGGGAGAGUCCGCCACCAUCUCCCUCUCCUAGUAUGAUAUCUACAACCUCAACCCCAGCUCUUCCACCCCGGAGACUUUCAGAAUCAACAAAUGAAGACACCCCACCAUCCCUUCCCAGGAAAAAGUCAAUUCAAGUCGACCAGCCCUUACUACCUCCAAAGGUAAAUCUGGGUUUACAAGGGAAGACGGGAAUCCGGACUGGUCCCCCACUUCCUCCUCGUCAUCCUACCGCAUCACCAAAAUCUCCGGGACAGGAGUCCAUGAUCUCCAGAUCAACAUCAAAUAUUUCCACACACAGUAAAGACAGAAUAAGCCCGAUGGUACGGCCAAACAAUUUAAGCACAACAAAUCUGAACAAUUCUAAUGGUGCAGAGUAUAAACAGUUAGAGGUUGUGCCAAGUGACCCACCCCCCAUCCCCCAGCGUCACAGUCAGCGGAUAGACUCUCCCCCACAAGUUAAACCCCGCCUGUCUGUGCCCGAUAGAAAGUCGACCCCCUCAGUUGAGUUUGAAAACACACCUUUGUGAGACAGGGACUCUGGCGUUCUUUGUGAUCUGUGAUUUUUAUGAAUGUGCUGUAGUGUAUAUACAUUGACAUGAUGUAAAGUGAUUUCCUUCGUCAGAAUCUUGUAAAAUAUGGAUGUGAAAUUUUCCCAAGUGUGGCGAUACAGGGUGAUAUAUUCUUAGUGAUUCAAGGACUUGUAAAAGCAUGUCUGACCAAGCGACACGAGAAAGUGCAGGUCUGGACCAAAGGAGCAAUAAAUCAUGGAUAUCAAGUUUGGUGUCGUGACCAAAGAACAAAUGUUAUAGCUUUACCCUUCCUUGUAACUUAAUCUGCUUUAAUAUUGGAUUAAAUACUCUACUGUCAUCAUGAUUCUACACACAUAAAACUGAUACAGCUUGUUGAGUGUGUAUGACAUGAACCUAUUAUUGAAAGAAAACAUGUAUUGGGUAUACUGCUGUUAAAAUAGCAAGUGUUACAUUAAUUAACUACAGUAUUUAGAACAAUUACAUAUAUAGCUGAGUAUGUAAUGGUACUUGAACAAUUACAUAUAGCAGAGAAGUUGUACUUGAACAGUUACAUAUAGCAGAGAAGUUGUACUUGAACAGUUAAAUAUAGCAGAGAAGUUGUACUUGAACAGUUACAUAUAGCAAAGAAGUUGUACUUGAACAAUUACAUAUAGCAGAGAAGUUGUACUUGAACAGUUACAUAUAGCAGAGAAGUUGUACUUGAACAGUUACAUAUAGCAGAGAAGUUGUACUUGAAUAAUUACACUUGAACAAUUACAUAUAGCAAAGAAGUUGUACUUGAACAAUUACAUAUAGCAGAGAAGUUGUACUUGAACAGUUACAUAUAGCAAAGAAGUUGUACUUGAACAGUUACAUAUAGCAGAGAAGUUGUACUUGAACAGUUACAUAUAGCAGAGAAGUUGUACUUGAAUAAUUACACUUGAACAAUUACAUAUAGCAAAGAAGUUGUACUUGAACAAUUACAUAUAGCAAAGAAGUUGUACUUGAACAAUUAAAUAUAGCAGAGAAGUUGUACUUGAACAGUUACAUAUAGCAGAGAAGUUGUACUUGAACAAUUACAUAUAGCAAAGAAGUUGUACUUGAACAAUUACAUAUAGCAAAGAAGUUGUACUUGAACAGUUCCAUAUAGCAAAGAAGUUUCACUUGAACAGUUACAUAUAUAGCAAAGUGGUGGUACUUGAACAGUUAAAUAUGUUGAGCUAAUUGAUGUAAAAUUCACUGCUGUACCUUGAACAGUUAUGUAAAGUUCACUGCUGUACCUUGAACAAUUAUGUAAAUUUCACUGCUGUACCUUGAACAGUUAUGUAAAUUUCACUGCUGUACCUUGAACAGUUGAAUGCUAUAUCCUAACUUAUUUUAGCCAAAUAUUGUUACCUUAACUACUAGAGGAUCAAACACAAAAUCAUUUUGUCCAUAGUCUGUUAAUUUGUUUUAAAUAUGUAACCUAUUGUUUACUGUUGAUGUUUUUUUUAAGUAUUUUAUUUUCAUUUCUCAUUAGAAUUCAACAUUUUAUAUCCACUCGCCAAAUUAGCCACCGACUAACCAUCAAAAGCAUUACACGAACAAUUCACCGGCCAGCAUUAUGUCAUUAAUGUUGUGUUCAAUUUAUGUUAAUGUUUGUCUGAUGUGACGUAAAAAUACAAAGAUUUCACUAGCUUCCUCCACUCAUGUUCGUUUUUAUUGAUCAAAAGGUUUUUAGAAAUGUGAUACAUGCUGCUUAUAAAAUAUACCCAACUGUUGUAAAGGUAGCUAAUCUGAUUUUGAAACCAAAUUUAUGAAGUAACUUCCGAUAUUGGUUGUAUUUAUCAAAAAUGUAUAAAAUAUUAAUAUGGUUUCCAGAGAAAGUUUGUAUUGUUUAUAAAGCUAUGACAAGUAGCUUCCACAAUGUGUCUUUCAAAUGUAAGUAUCAUGCAAAAUAUUCAUAUUUUAAUUUAGGUUCAUCUGCAUUCAAUAUAUACCCAACAAAAAUUUAACUUUGUGUAUACUUGUUAACAUCAGGGUUUUUAUAAAUCAUUGAAAAUUUGGGAGAUUUUUUUUUUAAAUGCAUCUCUGUUUUACAAAUUUUACAAUAAAGAUAUCACCUUUCCUAAGAAUCAGUAAAAUGAGGCUUUGCCAUAAGUUAUAUGUGUACGCAUGGUCCCUAGUAACUACCUGUGUCCAAGUUAAUGGAACCAGAGUAUGUAUCAUGUUUAUAAUAUAUUGAAUUCAGUUUGAUGUUUAAUAAUAUACAAUUCUGAUGUUCACCACAGAAAUAGUGCUACAACUCCUUAGGAGAACAAAACCAAGGAAUGGAUUCAUAUUUAAUAUGUUAUGUGCCAUAUAUUUUCAUAAAAUAAUUGCAAAUUAUUUAAUACAUUGUAUAUUAGCUUUCUAUCUAAAGGGAGAUAACUCAACUUUCAGUUUUAUAUUGUGAUCAUUAUAACAAACUAAGUUGCCUCCCUUAUAAGGGCAGAAUAUGUGUAGUGUACUGAAGAUGUUCUCAUGUGAAUAUUAAUUUCAUAGGAAACUGAUCAUUCUUGCCUGUAAAAUAGAUAUAUUAUCUUAAUGAAGUACACAUGGUCUCAGAUUAAGAAUGUUGGAAAGAAUAAAAUAUCAUAGUUAUACUGACAGGAAUAUAUUUCUUGUUUACAUUUUAAGUUAUACAAUUAUUAUGGUCAAAAUGCAUAAUAUGUAAAUAUAUAUUAGAUUUGCUAUUAUUUGUAAAAGGAUUGUAAUUCUAAAGAUAGCUAUCAGAUGGUCUUAGCGGUUUUAAGAUAAAGAUUGCUCAAGUUUCAGUAAACUUAACUGUUCUUUCAGAAAGAAAAAAGAUUGUUCCCGAUAGCUACAGAUACUGUUUUGUUUGUUAUUCAUGUGAGUUACCUCCCCUCCUUUUCUUUGUUAGAUUCCUCUUCCGUGUCUGUUGCAUCAGUUAAGCAAUGGUCUCUGAAUUAUGUAUUUUGAAGUGAAAGUCACAACUUUAUCAUUAUGAUGAGUAAAGUGUACAUUUAUCCUGUAAACAAGUUUCUAAAUUUAAGUUUUAACCAAGCUCAUGGAAUUUCUUAGAAGUUUUUCCAAUAGUUAUCUCUAACUGACAAGCUGAAGAUCAAUGUCAUACUUAGAAUGUCAACCAUCACGGCUCUUUUAUAAAAUUGACUAUGGCACAAGGUUAAUACUAUAGAAGACAACAUUGACAAUCAUACUUACAGAACAUUGUCAGCAGAUGUAUAAUGGACUUUUUUCUUGACUUUCUGUUUUUAUUUUGAUUUACCAAAGCAGUAUCAUGAUAUGCAGGUUAUAUUAAAGAUACAGAUUUCAGCCAAAUAUCCUUAUUGUUUCCAUUGAGAAUCUUGCUGAUAAACACACGUAUCUUGUAUGAAGGUUGUCAGUCUGAGUUGUUGACAACCGACUUUUUUAAUUGACAAUAACUACCAGGUGUAUGUUGACAAGCAGGUUUUGUUUAAAUGUACCUGUGUGUUGAUAUUUACUUUGUCUGUAUAGUAGAUCUACUUCACAACAUGAUAUUUUGUGACUUGAAGAGUCUAAAGUCAAUUUUUAAUAGUGAAAUAAACAUUUAUGCAAAAUGGAA